GAAACCACACAUGCAGCAACUGAUUUGUCAUUGUCUCGAUAGAUUUCGGUUCGCACUUCACGUUACUUGGUGCAUCUGGAUCCAUCAAGCAUCAUGGAGACAUCGUCCACUCCUGUGGCUUCACCAAAUCUCUGGUUUGCUCUGAAGAUCCUACGAUAUACGUACCCGACUCUCGUCUUUUUCUAUUUCUUCAUCGCCCUUGGUAUCACUGUGUGUUACAUGCAAGCAGAGAAAUCUCAAGUCCAGGAUCAGUAUGUUCGUCGUGGGCUGAUAUUGUGCUUCAUUGGAGGUCUUACCGGAACAUAUGCUGUCGAAAUAAUUGUCGCCAUUAUCAAGUCGUCGGUGGAAAACUGGAAUCCAGGACAAGACCGAGUUGUUUACCUCAUCUCAUCAACUCUGGUCUUUCUGGUUGAGAUAAUUGCCCUCGGAGACACGAAAUUUCCUACAUGGUAUCCAUACUAUGGAACUUGGGUCAUAGGUCUUUGCGUGGAAAUCUGCUUAAUCACUUUACCAAAUGUGUUUUCUCCGCCGCCCAACUCGGCUUUCGAUUACAUACUCAUUACUAUACAAGCUAUGAGAAUCUUCAAUCUCAUCGCCUUACCUGUUAUCUACUUAUAUAUUCGCAACACAGACAUAGUACCCGAAACUAUCGAUGCAGAACGACAAUCACUAUUAAAGAAGCCCUCGGAUCCAUCCAGCUCCGAAAGCUCCACCCUAAACGGGAAUGGAUAUGGCACAACGGGUGAGUCUACUACCCAAGAUCAUGAAGAUGUAGGAGACGAGUCGGAUACGGCCAGUAUAGCUUCGGAAGACUCUUAUCUGAAAGAUCAGCGCAAAUCAAAAGAGGCUAUUGCGAAAAGACUUAAGGAAGACGGAAACUGGUGGACUUACCUCAAGGGAUUUUCUAUGUUUAUUCCUUUUGUUUGGCCAGUGAAUCACAAAAUGCUCCAGCUCAGGGCUGUUCUUGUUGCAAUCACUUUAUUGGCAAGCAAUGCUUUAAAUCUUCUUGUUCCAAUACAGUUUGGUAUAAUGGUGCAAAGCCUAAUCAACUAUACUGGGGGUGAUCAUAGCCAUAACAUUUGGACGCCUGUCCUUCUAUACUCGCUUCUUAGGUACAUAAACGGCGGUUCGUGUCUCACAGUAAUAAGAACAUGGCUCUGGAAUCCCUUGGAACAGUACGCAUACAAAACACUCAGUUUAGCCGCCCAUAGCCAUAUCAUGAACUUGUCUUCCGAUUUUCAUGACAGCAAAUCAUCCUCGGACCUGUUUCAGGUAGUACAUGGAGGUCGAUCGGUCGCAGAUUUGAUGGAGAUGAUCUGUUUUCAGGUAGUCCCGAUGAUUAUCGAUUUGGUCAUCGCGUUCAUCUACUUUGGUGCCUUUGGACCUUAUAUGUUUCUUGUCUUGGUUGUCACAUUUGUAUCUUAUAUGUAUGCUACGGUAAAACUGAUCUCCAUGAGAACAAAUCAACGCCGGGAUUACAUAACAUUUGCCAGAAAGGAAUGGACAACAGGGCAAGAGUCACUGGAUGGCUGGACGACUGCCAACCUUUUCAACAUGGUACCCUACGAGAAUGAACGCUACUCCGGAGUCAUCAAAGAACAUAUUGACUCUAAAUGGGCCUAUGAAUGGUUCUGGUACAUUGCUUCCAUGGCAAAAAGCUUGAUUAUGUGCUUUGGGCUGACAGGCGUACUCUGUCUUGGUGCCUAUUCGGUAGUGUAUGAAGGUCAGACUGUUGGAAAGUUCACUACCUUGCUUAUGUUUUGGGGUCAAAUACAAGAACCACUAUCAUUCCUUGCUUCGGCAUAUAGAACUAUCUCUAGUUCCUUGAUAGAUGCCGAACGCCUUCUUGAACUACUGAAAACAGAGCCCUCAAUCAAAGAAGCUCCUGAUGCCAAAGACCUAGAGAUUACCAAAUGCGAAAUUGAGUUCAACGAUGUCUGUUUUUCCUAUGAUGAGCGAAAGCCUAUCUUGAAGAAUGUUAGUUUCUUUGCUCCAGGUGGAAAGACGAUUGCAUUUGUCGGUGAGACUGGCGGAGGUAAAUCAACAAUGUUAAAAUUGAUGGAUCGUUUCUAUGACGUCAAAUCAGGAAGUAUCAAGAUUGAUGGUCAAGACAUUCGAGACAUCAAAAUGCACAGUCUGCGCAGCCAUGUUGGUGUUGUUCCACAGGACCCUACUCUUUUCAAUGAUACCGUCAUGAAUAAUAUUCGAUAUGCUCGUUUGGAUGCAACCGACGAGGAAGUAUACGAAGCCUGUAAAGCUGCCGCCGUUCAUGACAAGAUUAUGAAAUUUGCAGAUGGUUACAAUUCUAAAGUUGGUGAUCGUGGCGUAAAACUUUCGGGCGGAGAGAAACAACGUGUUGCGAUUGCUCGUGCUAUACUAAAGCAGCCAAAAAUCAUUCUGCUCGAUGAAGCUACCAGCGCUGUUGACACAGAGACGGAACAAAAAAUUCAGGAAGGAUUCAAUGCAUUGUGCAAAGGUCGAACAACGUUUAUUGUUGCUCAUCGAUUGUCAACUGUGAUGAAUGCUGAUCAUAUUGUUGUUGUCAUGGAUGGCCAGAUAGUCGAACAAGGAUCUCACGAUAAGUUGUUUCACUCCAAGGGGCGAUACGCAGACCUAUGGGCGAAACAAAUCUUCGUCAAACCUUCUGACAGGAAAUCAAGGUCCAAAUCCAGAUCAAAGAGCCCUGCAAAAAAGGAUGCAGCUCUCCUUAACGAUCUCGCUACCGAGGACAAGACGGUCAAUCUUGCGACAGCAGCAAAAGAUCAUGACCACUCACAGGACGAUGGAAUGGGGGAUGAUAACGACAAAAGCUCCAGCGUCAAAUCAAAAGAUGAAUCAAAACGCAAAGCAGGCGAACUUAAUCAUGCGAGCCUACUCUCAAAGGCAGAUUCUUCGAAACUCAAGAUUACUAAUCUCAGUAAACCCAAGUUCCCCGCAGGUGGCAUGGAGGUUCAAACUAAAAAACAGCCUCUUGGGGGAAUUCCUCGUCCAACUCCUGCUCAUCGGCCUGCUACUACCCCUCAGCCAGCAACUGCCACUGCUCGUCCUACUACUACCAGUUCUCACCCAAGAACCUCUCGUCCUUCCAGUCCUCAACGCAAAUUUUUUACGACCCAAUCAAUUGAACAGACAUGUAAGGCACAUUCAGCUGAGAGUCCACCUCGUCCACCAAUCUUGAGCCAACCAAGAUCUCUCUUUUGUACUGGUAAUUUGCCCGUUCCGAUUCACGCCAAAAAUGUUCUUGAUCACCCGAAUCCGUGGGGAGAGGAACAACCUUGUAGAACUCCUUCUUCUACUCAUUCGGCGCUUUCCUCCAAAUCAGUUCGAAUUAGUGCUGAUUUAAAGAAUGAGAAGAUAGAUACCGUAUUUAAGGCAGACAACAGUAAGUUGGAUAAUGGUAAAAUCGAUGGAAAUGUGCAAGAUAAGGUAGAGAAAUUGGACAAAGGAUUGCCUAAAGGACUGCCCAAAGGAUUACCCAGAGGUGCAAUGUCUAUUCAACUACCACAGCAUAUGACCAACGGACCAGUUGAAGAAAGGCAACGUAAAAUCUCCGCUGUGGAAAACCAUACAAAUUUCACUGCAGUCUCUGAGCUCACUCCAUUGCUCGCUUCAAAAGACUCGCCCAUCCGGAUCGGUCCUAAUUUCUCCACUCCCAAAGACAUUCUCAAAGCACAGAAGAAACAACUAGCAAAAGAAAGAAGGAAAUCAGGUUCUUCUUCACGAACUGUCAGUGAGCCAGUGAAUACCGUAUCACCAGCUCCCCUUAUCGAAGCCUCUCUCGUCCAGUCAGCAACACUGGUUGAAGUACAAACUAAAGAGGCAAUUAAGGAACACAGAAAGAGAAAUAAGGAAGAACGCAAAGCAGAGUCUUCAAGAAAGAAAGAAGAUAGUAUCAGAAAAAAGGCGGAAAAGAAAUUGAAAAAACAUGGUUUUGGCAGUGUUAUUGCUGCUGGCAGUGAAGGUGAGAUUGGUGGUUAUAGUACUGCUGCUACAAAAGACUUUGCUACAAGUGAGAUGAAUACUGAUAAUAAGGAUAUUACCUUGGAGGAAACAACUGGAUUUUUUGGUUUUACGGACGGAACUGUAGAAUCUGAGAUAGAUAUCCCAAAUUCUGUUCAGAGUGAGACGACAGAUGAUAUAAUGAUUCCCACCGCAGCACAAUUAGCAGCAGAUGCUCAUUAUCCCCAGAAAGACCGAAGAAUACAAUCGAAAAGCGAACCAAGAGGCAAUAGUGCUAGUCGUGAAUCAGAUGGUGUGGGUACUGGCUCGCAGGAUACAAUUGUGAUUAUGAGGGAAGGAGAUGUAGAAAGUAAAAGUGGUACCAAUUCUUUAACUAGAUAUCCGUCGGUAAGCGGAGAUGGAGUCGCAAUUGAAACCCCCAGGGCAGGAGAGAGAAAAGGUAUCUUGAAGAAUUUCGCGCAAGAAAAAAGAAGAGCUAGUGCGCCGGCGAGAGAGGGGUUUGGUUAUGAGGAGAGGGGAGGGAGAGAGCGCUUGAAGAGGAGGGAAAGAAUACCGACACCGAUGGCGAUGGUGGGGGGGUUGAUAGGAACGGGAUUAGGGGGUUUAGGGUUUGGUGUACCAGUUAUGCCGGAGAGGGAGAGGGAGAGGGGACCGCCGGUUUCGUUGGGGAGGAAUAUGCAUUUGAAUGUGGGUAUGCAAGGACAGGGACAAGGACAGGCAGAGAAUUUCGUGAGUGGAGGCAGAAGAAUGUAUAUAGGAGGGGGAUUGAUGAGGGGAAAGAAGAGACAGUGGAGGAUUAGGAGUCGAGCUAUGGAGUCUUCUUGGAAGGGAGAAGGAAGUGUACAUGAGGGGAUGGACGGAAGUGGAACUGUAAUGGAAACUGGUAUGGGAAGUGCGGGUGCAAAUUUGAGGAUAGGAAUGGAUGGAAUGGGGAGUAUUGAGGGCGGUGGAAGGGUUAGGGAGGGAAGUGUGAAAUUGAGUGAGAAAGAAAGGGGUGGAGUGCAGAGGGUAAGUGAGAACGGAGAUGGAGAUGGAAAUGGAGAUGCAAGUGGAGACGGACGGGGAAAGGAGAAGGAAAAGGGAAAGGGAAAGGGAGGUGUAAGGUUUGCUGAUGAUGUUUAGGACUAGGUUUUUAUGUGGGAUGAGGAUAACGAGGUCAUUGUUGAUGGUGUUGAGUUUUGCAAUCGCUUGUUUUACUUAUAUCGAUUACCUUAAUGGUACUGGUAUUCGAGCAUGUUUUAAAGUAGCUUUACUUUAUAUGUUGUUAGUUAU